UGCGAUUGAUUGUCGCAAUGAAGCAUGACCACGACCUUACAGGAUACCCAUUGUCACGACGUCGCGAAUCAUAUGAAAAAGACCAUGGCUACGUUCUUACAAGCGUCCUCGUCGUCCUCUUCAAUGCACAAGCGACGUAGCGGGAGUGGGGAUAUGGUACAUGAACGCGGUUUUUCAAGUGGCCAUACCGCGAACAGGUUGCCAGAGGUUGAGUUGUCGCCUAGUGGGCCAAGGUUGUCUACCGAGGACGAGAGGAGACAAGCAAGAACCUCUGCUCCGUUCAACGAUUCGGAAGAAAUGCCAGUAGAACCACCGGCAAAACUACCGAAGCAGGAAAGGCGGACAAUGAGGGGCAAGAAUAAAAGAGUCUGUUUCUUUGCCACAUGUUAUGGCCAAUUGGAAUACUGAUGCCAUCUGCUUGGACAUCAUGAUGAUCAGUAAGUUGGGAACCCGAAAUAAUAAGUGGAACAUAAUGUUUCCCCACUUUUCCCCACACUCUUCGUCUUCAAGAAGAAACUCUCUAAUCUGACUCGUCCCUCCUCCUUUCUGCGAGUUAUCUGUCGCGUUCCGCAGUAGCCGCAGGCAAUCCACAAUGUAUGACGGCAGACGCGAUGGUAGGUGGAAUGAGACACUACAUCCUAGACUGGGACAGGCAACUUCAGCAUGCCGCAAACACGAGUUGGGAUUGUGAGGACUUCGCGAAUUUCAUGUAAUUUGCUUUCUCGUUUGAUGAAUUUGAUGCAGUAAUGCGGUUUUGGACAUGAUCGCUUGUAAGCAACUGCAACACGAUCUACAACAUGAAGCCAAAAGAAGUGCUGAAACAACCCGUUGUAAUGUUACAAGUACUAGCUUUUGUCCAAGAAUCCAGCAAUCUAACUUUAAUAACUGUAUACAACAACAACAAUCCCGUAAACAAUAACAAAACAACAUCAAUCUCAAAUCUCCAACUCCAACAAGGUACAACUCCCGCGACCGCAUCCAGCAAGAGCUGUUUCAUACGUAUUCAAAUAUGACCACCGUUCCAGCGCCAGCCGAAAUCACAGAGGGAGAAGACCCCGCGAAGGAUGGCGCAACCUUAACAAACGUGACCGAAGCUCAACUACCCGAAGGCUUUGGAGAAAUGCCUUGGAUCAUGUCACAUGUGAAUCGAGCGGCCUCUCUGGUUAGUGCGAGUGUGCAUGUUAUGACGAGGGUUGAGAUUCAUUUUCUAACUGCACUUGCUAAAAAGGUACAUUUGUAGUUGCACGAGCAGGGGGACGCAGUAACCUAAGCGCUAAUAACUGAAAAAGCACCAAAAACAAGUAACACGUGUUCAAUUAGAAAAACAACAAUAAGAGGAGAGCUAAAAACAAAGCAUCAAAAAGCUUGAUCCGAUCAUUGAUUACAGACUGAAGAUGUUUAAUAUCUCACUUGUCCUCCUAAACCUAAUAUUUCAUCUACAACUUCUUUGUUCCACCUCCUCCAACCCAUGUCAUUCUCCAUCCCAUCCUUCAUCUUUGUGAACUCCGGACUCGGCGUCCUCCGGCAAGAGUGCUUUCGCGAACCUGCGGUCCAUCUCCUGUUUUUCGUCUCUCUGCGGAGGGUCCAUCAGCUGAUGAGUAACCAGCUGAAAUACCUCUGGUACAUGAUGCAGAACACCCCAGAAAUGUACCGUGGUGCGGCGACGCAAUGGCUAAUGGAAAGCUCCCAAGUUUUUAGAGGAGAUUUGGACACCACUGAGUCGAUUUUUGAGGGAUGGAUCCCGCCAAACGUUACGACCGCGUCAGAGGAAGGUGUAGCUGCCAGAGAAGCAGUGGCUUACAACAAAUACGAGAAACCUAAGGUAAUGAUGGUAAACGUGAUUUUGAUGAUUGGUUUUUCUUUUCCAGUUUGUUGUUCAUUUCUAAUUCUACAACUUGAUUUUGAUUGUUCUUUAAAUGCAGCAGUAACUACGAGCAUCAUUCACGAGUCCUCAACUACAUUCUGUCAACAUCAUUCACCAGUCCUCACAAGGAUAAAAACCUUCCUCAAUUUCCAGCAGCACUAGGUCCUCUCCAUCGUCGAACUGCUACGUCGCCAAACUUUCAAAGAGACGGAUUUUGACCGAGAACUAGUAAGAGCCACAAUGCGGGAGAUCUUUGCCAAGAAUGAUCUGAUUGUGGAGCUUGGCGCUGGGACAGGGGAUUUAUCCCGAUGGCUGAACGAGACUGGCUGGGUCCAGGCGCAUGCGUACGAUUACAGCAGCGAUGUGGAGUUGAUCAUUAUGGUUCUUGGACGAUGAAAAUUAUUUUUAAAAUCACAAUAUUACGAUGAAGAAAAUCUGUUGGUAGAAGUAUUCGAGGUAUUUUUCUAUUUCUGGAUCAAUCUGAAUCUGAACCUUUAUCUUAGAACCACCUCACGCCACCAAAGAUUGAAUCUUUCUUGAAAAGAAAAUGUUAUCCUCGAUGAAUCAUUCACUCCUCUCUCUCUCUCUAACGGCCCCUUCGGCAAUGUCCAUCAACUAGGAGAGAAUGUCGCACCAAGCAGGCUGGGAGACGGUGAUAUCGCGUAUGACUGGAUUCUCUGUCUCUCAGAGCAAUGUCCGAUGAUGCUCGAUACGAUCUUUAAGGAAUUUGAGGGAGCGAAGGUACUAAUAUUUCGGCUUGUAGUAGUUUUGCUGUUGGAAUUCAGAUGUUGCAGCCCAAUGUUGUGAUGUGCUCCUGCAUAGUACUUACUAUUGAAUAGUUCCGAGAUGACGCGUCCCUCCAUUUGUAACUUAGCAGCAGCAACCCCUUACUGAUUUCCAAAUAUAACCCACACAACCAUCAACCAGCUUCGCGAAUUCGUGAGUAAGGGAGUGAUUGUGGAGAAAGGCUUGGACGGCUUUAGUGUCGACGCAAGCUCCUUGACGCGAAGUGCCGAGUACUCAGCGGUUUACGAGGGCAGGGGAAACCUUGGCCAAAAAUACGAAGUUUUCGUGCAUAAAUGA